AUGACCUACCUUUUUUAUUCCCUCGUUUUCACGGUCAUCAUAUCUGGAACAGCGCUGUACCUGACUCGUUCCCGAUGGAUCCCACUACUCCCAGUCCCUGACUACAUCUACCACCGCCUUCCUUCUAGUUUCACGGCUGAUCUGGAGGCUGGAUUAAGCUCCUCACAAUUUGAUCUGGCUGCCAAUGUUGCCGGUGGCGACUCAAGGGGUGGCUUGGAUCAGAAAGCAAAGAGGGAGGUGCGAAAGAUCAUGAAGAAUCAGAAGGUUAACUUCGACGAAGCGCGUCGAAUCUACACGGAGCAACGGUUCGCAAAGAAUAAUAUUGGACCUGACGGCCGUCCAAGGGACCCCAAAUUUGUUUCGUUUUCGUGA